CUAGCUCACUCACUAGCUAGCUAGUCGACGGUAGUCGAAUCGACCGUCUCGGACGCCAAGGUCAUCAUUGGCACAUUUGUAUUGGAAGGUUACAGCACUGUGAGCACUAUUCCAUUGACAGAUACAUACACACUCAAACACACACACACACGUGCACACUACCUGAUACUAACGUACACACUCACUGUCUACCUUUUUCAUGACGGACGCCCGCCUUCAUUCCCGUCCCUCGACGACCAAGACUACCAGUGCUUCGUCGAGCCCCACCAAGGCCGAACAAAAGCUGUUGGAUCAGGCCGAAGCCGCACGCCGUGGGGUGACGUACAAGGAAGUCAAGCAAGAGCGGAAAAAGAAAAAGCGCGAAGCCGAAACGCUCGACAAUGAUGACGAUCACCGAAAGGAAGUCAAACGUCUGCGGACCUACUCCAACGCGGACGAUGCGGCGACGGGCGACAGCCAACAGAAACGUCGGACGCGGUCCGUGGAUGCUGCCGAAGAAAAAGAGGCCGGCAAGUCCAUACUCUCAACAGAGGAGUGGCGCAAAGAACACAUGAUCUCCAUUCAAGGACACGGCAGUGAACGGGCGACGCAGACGUUCCCGGAUCCCUUUAUGGAAUUCAAAGACGCCCCUUUUCAAGAACGUAUCCAACAAGCCUUUGCUCAAGCCGGAUUUGCCCGCCCUACCUCCAUUCAGGGACAAGCCUGGCCCAUUGCCUUGCAAAAUAAGGACAUGAUUUGCGUUGCCAAGACCGGAUCCGGAAAAACCUGCGGGUUCUUGUUACCCGUCUUUCAUCAGCAUUUGGUGAAGCAGACUCGGAUUCAGGGCUUUACCAAACCCAUUCUUCUCGUCCUGGCGCCCACUCGGGAACUAUCGGUACAAAUAUUGGAAGAAGCCCAAAAGUUUGGUCGUCCUCUCGGAAUUCGCAGUGUUUGCUGUUACGGUGGGGCUUCCAAACACCCGCAAAUUGCGGCUCUGCAGCGUGGGGUGGAAUGCGUCAUUGCCACACCCGGCCGUCUCAACGAUUUGAUCGAAAUGCGCAAGGCUGAUCUCAGCAAAGUCCAGUAUCUGGUACUGGACGAAGCCGACCGCAUGCUGGAUAUGGGCUUUGAACCACAGAUCCGAUCCAUCAUUUUGAACAUUCCACCCGAAAACCGGCAAACCUUGUUGUUUUCGGCAACCUGGCCCAAGGAAAUUCAAGCCCUGGCACACGACUUUUUGAAAAACCCCAUACAAAUUAAUGUGGGGGAAGUCAACGCGCUAGUGGCCAACAAAGAUAUCCAACAAACCAUUGUCAUGUGCAGUGAAUCGGAAAAACUCGACAAGCUGGAACAGAUUCUGCGCGACCUCAUGCACGGCAAGAUCAUCGUUUUUGUCGCCAAGAAGAUUUCUUGCAACGAUCUCGCGAAUCGGUUGUGGGAGGACGGUUUCGCCGUUGAUUCCUUGCACGGAGAUCGUCCCCAGUGGGAACGAACCCGCGUUAUGCAGGCCUUUAAAGGUGGGCAAUUACGUGUACUGAUCGCAACCGAUGUCGCGGCCCGUGGACUUGACGUUAAGGAUGUCGGUGUAGUGGUCAAUUACGACAUGCCGUCCGGCGUGAAUGGUGUUGAAGAUUACGUGCACCGCAUUGGUCGGACCGGUCGCGCGGGCAAUAAAGGCAAGGCGUACACUUUCUUUACGCAGGGUGAUCGAAAAAAUGCCACACAAUUGGUGCAAGUCUUGACCAAGGCGCAGCAAGAAAUUCCACCCGAACUGCAAGCCAUGGCGCGACCACGGUUUGGCGGAGGUGGUCGCGGCUCGGGCGGACGCGGAUAUUCCUCCGGACGUGGUGGGCGUGGGUAUAUGGGUGGUGGCGGCGGUGGUGGAUACGGCCGUGGAGGCUAUGGACGUGGCGGCGGCCGCGGUGGUCGCGGGGGGUUUCGGCGAUAAAUGACUAAUUAAGCUUAACUUCAUU